GUGGCUUCUCGUGCCACCUUUCUCUCACGGCGCGGUCAAAGGUUUGUAUUUGACCGAAUUUCUCUUCGUCACAGAUUAUUGCCGCCAAAAGCCACGCCACGCCGAGUCCUGCAGCGCAACAGAUUCGCAGCUAACCAACAAGUUCUGCCAAGAUGCCGCACUCCUUCGGUGCGCGUGCUCGCACGCGAGACAUGUUCAAGAGAGGCUUCAAGCAGCAUGGUCUCAUCAAGAUGUCGACCUACCUCCGUACUUUCCGAAUUGGAGAUAUCGUCGACAUCAAGGCCAACGCUGCAGAGCAAAAGGGCAUGCCUCACAAGUACUACCACGGCAAGACUGGCAUUGUCUACAACGUCUCUCCCCGCGCAGUCGGCAUCAUCGUCUACAAGACCGUCGGCAACCGCAAGAUUGAGAAGCGUGUCAACCUGCGUAUCGAGCAUGUGAGACAUUCAAAGUGCCGUGACGAUUUCCUGCAGCGAGUCAAGGACAACGCGGCCGCGAAGAAGCUCGCAAAGGAGCAAGGUACUCGUGUGACCGUCAAGCGAUUGCCGGCCGCACCAAGGGAAGCCCACACGAUCAGCGUCUCUGCUGCCAACAAGCCAGAGACGAUUGCGCCUGCACCAUAUGAUACCUUUAUCUAGUGGUUCUCGUGCUCCUUGUACUGGCAUGCAUUGUGUCAAUCCGCACCUUGUCUGCCCUUAAUGCUAGGCUGCAAACAAGCUGGUCUCUCCUG